AUGCCUGUCCGAGCGGAGCGCUGCUCUACCCCSGGCUCGGCCUGCCCAUCCUCGGCCUGUCUUGUCCCCCCUGCCCCGAUCAACACCUGCCAGCCGGGGGUGACCGUGUCGUUACUGUACAGCGGCUCGCAGUAUCGGGGUUACCAGAGGAGCAAAGGCAACUCUUACGACGUUGAGGUUGUUUUGCAGGGAAAGUUCCAAGCUUUUUACGAAUACGCCAAAAGCUUCAACUCGGAUCACUUCGACUACAAAGUGCUGGAUGACAGUGAUUAUAUCUUCAUGAGGUGGAAGGAGCAGUUUUUAGUUCCCGAUCACACGAUCAAAGACAUCAGUGGUGCCUCCUUCGCCGGCUUCUACUACAUUUGCUUUCAGAAGUCCACAGCCACCAUCGAAGGCUACUACUACCACAGGAGCUCAGAGUGGUAUCAGUCACUCAGUCUAAAUCAUAUUGAAGARCACAGCGUGCCCAUCUAUGAGUUUCGGUGA